AUGAGUCUGAGUCGUACCAAGCGGAUCAGCUCCAGCAGCUCAGUGCGCUGCAGCGGUGGCAGUGGGAGGAGGCUGAGCGGCUUCGGCCCUGGUGUGGCGGUGUUCAGCGGCCUCUCCCUGAGCAGCAGCUCGCUGUAUGGGGCCACCAACGGCCAUCAGCCCAGCCUGGGCACCCCGCUGGCUUCCCUGUCGGUCAACAAGAGUCUGCUGGCGCCCCUCAAUCUGGAGAUCGACCCAAGCCUGUCGAUGAACCGAGCCCAUGAGAAGGAGCAGAUCAAGAGCCUCAAUAACCGCUUCGCCUCUUUCAUAGACAAGGUGCGCUUCCUGGAGCAGCAGAAUAAGAUGCUAGAGACCAAGCUAGAGUUGCUGCAGGGCCAGAUGGUGGGCCGCUCCAAUGUGGAGCCCUUGUAUGAGGCUUACAUGGCUGGCCUGAGGCGUCAGAUGGACCUAGUCAACAAUGACAAAACCAAGCUUGAUGGAGAGCUGAGGAACAUGCAGGGUCUGGUCGAGGACUUCAAACACAAAUAUGAAGAUGAGAUCAACAAAAGAAACAACUUAGAGAAUGAUUUUGUCAUCCUUAAGAAGGAUGUGGACUCAGCCUAUCUAGUGAAGGCAGACCUGGAAGACAAGGUGGGAGCUCUGACAGAUGAGAUCAACUUCCUUCGCAGCGUCUAUGAGGAGGAGCUGCGUGAGCUGCAGGCCAGCAUCAAGGACACUUCAGUGGUGGUGCAGAUGGACAACAGUCGCAGCCUCAACAUGGAGCAGAUAGUGGCUGAGGUCAAACUCCAGUAUGAGGAGAUCGCAGCCCGCAGCCGAGAGGAGGCAGAAGCCUGGUACAAGAGCAAGUUUGACCAGAUGGCCGUGCAGGCUAUCCAGUUUGGAGAUGAGCUUCGCAUUGUGAAGGGAGAGGUUGCUGAAGUCACCCGACUGAUCAGCAGGCUGCAGAGCGAGAUAGAGGCUGUCAAAGGACAGCGGGCCAGUCUGGAGAACCAGCUAGCUGAGUCUGAGGAGCGCGGGGAGCUGGCUGUCAAAGAGGCCAAAGCCCGGACCAGGGACUUGGAGGAUGCCCUGCAGAGGGCCAAACAGGACAUGGCCAGACAGCUCCGAGAAUACCAGGACUUGAUGAACUUGAAACUGGCUCUGGACAUUGAGAUCGCCACCUACAGGAAGCUGCUGGAGGGGGAGGAGGACAGACUUGGACAGCAGUCAAUCCUCAACAUCCAGUCUGUCUCCAACUACAGUGCCAAGAGUACUAAUGGUUAUCACAGUAACAGUAGCUCUCCUGCCGGUAAACUGCUGAUAAAGACAACCGAGACCAGAGACAGCUCCCGAUUCAGCAUUCACUGA